AUGGCAGUGCAGCAGCAGACGUACGGCGGGUUUCAGCCCGGAGGGAUGACGCACCAGCAGAUGGGCUUUCCAUAUAUGACGGUGCCUCCGAGCUGGACGCCGGUGGGCCCAGUGACUGUUUCGCCGCCGCUGCGCUCGGUGCCCGGAUACGUCUGGCUCUGUCAGCAGCAGCAGCAGGUGCAGGCCAUGCCCGGCACCCCGGCCGGCCCGAUGAGUAACGCCGAGCGGCAGCUGAUGGCCGUCAGGGAGAUGCAGCGGCAGCAGCAGCGCCAACAGGGGCAGCAGGAGCAGCUGUCGCACAACAAGCGCCUGACGCAGUGGUACCAGCAGCAGCUGCUGCAGCCGCAGGGGCGUACCGGACAGCCACCGCAGCAGCAGCAGCAGCAGCCGAUGCCUCAACACCAGCACCAGCAGCAGCAGCAGCCGAUGCCUCAACAGCAGCAGCAGCGGCCUGCGCCUCAGCAACCACUCAUGCCUCAGCAACAGCAGCAGCAGCAGCGGCCCGUUCAACAGCAGCAACAGCAUCCGCAGCAGUCCAUGCCGCCGCCGCCACAGCAGCAGCAGCAGCAGCAGCAGCGACUCACGCCGCCGCCGCCGCAGCAGCCUUCACCCAAGCGGCAGAACCGCCAGCCGGCACGCAAGAAGCCGGCUGCCAAGAACACCAGCUCGCCCUCCAGUGGCGCCAAGCGGGCGGCCGACUCACCGGCGCGACAGGCCAGCAAGCGGAGCGCCCUGGCCCUUGACGAGGACGGGCCGUGCGGUCCCGUGUGCGCCACAUGCCUGCGCGACUUCCCCGACCAGCCGGCGCUGCGGCUGCACGAGCGCACGUGUCAGCGCCAGCUGCAGCAGCGCGCCGGGGUGGCGGUGCGCGCCGCCCCGGUGACGCUGCUGCCGCCGCCGGCGCGGCUGGACGCCGCCGCGGCGCGCCCGUCAGGUCAGUCUGCGCCGGCGCAGCGGGGGUGCGCCCAGUGCGCGGCGCACUUCCGCGACUCGGCGGAGCUGGCGGCGCAUGCGGCCGUCUGCCGGCGGCGGCCGCUCCAGGAGGCCGGCCGGCCGCAGCCCGGCGCACCGCCAGCCAGGCUCUCGCCUCACCCUUCGUCAGCCUCGAUGUCGACCUUUGCGUAUAACGGCCUGGGCGACCUGCCGCCGGGCGCCUCCCUGCUGCGCGUUAACUACCAAACCGACUCUGCGCCGCGGCCGAACCCCGGCCACUGGCCGACCGCUCGAACUGGCACCCCAGCCGCGGCCACCACUCAGAAAACCGCGACCGCCUCACCUGCCAGAAGAAAAACGCCCAACGCAUCGCCGGCCAGAAAGAAAAUCGCAUCGCCGCAUUCGAAGAAAGCCUACAGAACAUCGCCAGCACAAAAGAAAAUCUCAAACGCGUCACCCGUCGGCACGAGGAUUCCCAAUGCGUUACCGGUGAGAAACGAAAGCCCGCUUGUGUCUUCGGUUUUGAAGACGGCCAGUGUCUUCCCUCCUGUCCGCCGGAACGCGACUGGUGUCACGGCGGUCAGACGCGCCCACUCGUUCGGCGUCGGCCAGCUGACAGUGAGCGAGGUCACCUCUCUACGGAUGGGCGAGUUCGAGUCGGCGUCUGGUGGUGUAAUACACAGUGAGAGUGGCGCGGACUGGGGCGACCGGGGCCCGGGGGACGACGAUCCGCCGCCGGACCAGCCGCCCCCGCCGCCCGGGAGCGGCCCCCAGAGGGGCGGUACCUCCACGGCCGCCGCCGGCGCUCCGACCUCGGACGACGGCCGGCCGAGGCGCAGCGCCACCGAACACUACUACGGCGUGGUGGACCACUACUACCAGGAGGAGGUGGCCGACGCGCUGCCCGGAGACGGCGGCGAGCGCCGCAGGUCCAACUCGUCCAACUCCGGCGCGGCCCGCUCCACAGCCCCCGGCGGCGACAGCGGCAGCGGCGGCGACGGGCCGGGCGGCGGCGGCGGACCGGCCGUGGUUCUCCUCGAGUCGCUGGACGAGACUAUCGGUGACCCGCGCGACCCGCAGGUGGCCACUGCGGCCUACAUCGUUCACGGAGAUGAUGUGGUCGGGCGCCGCCUGCGGUCGCCCGCUGCGCAGGUCGCUCAGGAGCAGGAGGCGGCGCGGGAGAGCUCCGGCAGUCCCGAGCAGCCCAUCAUCAUCUCUGAGGAGGAGGAGGAUGAAGAAGAGGAAGAGGAGGUGGUGAGAGCCAGCUCGCGCGGGAGCCGCCAGCGUCUAGCGUCCUCGACAGAGGAGGAUGAGUACAGAAGCAAGGCGUCGACGGGCAGACGUCCACCCCGUCGCCGCCGCCGCAACAGCAGCGACUCACCGUCGGACUACUCUGAUCCGGAUGACGAGACCUUCACCGUCCGCCCGUCCAGGGCCAAGCGGCGCCGCGUGUCCUCGGGCGCGGGCCCUGACAGCGGGUCGGCCGCGCGCCGGCGCCGGCCGAGCGGCCGCCAGCGCGGAGCCGAAGACACGCGCCUGGCCGCCCUGCAGCUGGAGCUGAACCCGCCGCGCCGCAGCCGCGCGCGCGUCUCCUACGCCGAGACGGCCGUCUCAGAGGGCGAGGAGGGCGACCAGGACACGCCCGGCUCGCCUGGGUUCCAGCCGGAGCAGCUCGGCGGCUCGGAGUCCGGGGCGGGUGACGGUACGGACGGAGAUGCUGGCGAUCCGGGGAGAGCUGAUGGUGAUGCUGAUGGCGGAGCAGGUGCCGGCGAUGCUGCCUCUGAUGUUGACGACCCGGGAGAAGCGGAAGACGGUGUCGGCGGUGUUGCCGAGGACGACUCCACUGGCGCUGACGGAGAGCAGAGCCAGGAGGCCGGCCCGGCAGACAGCACCGCGCCCGGACCCGCACCGCGCCCGGAUACCGCCCCGCCGGCCCCGAGCACGUCCUCCCAGCCCGUGAGCAGGCCGCGCUCUAGGGCGCCGCGCAGCGGGGUGUCUGGCAACGCGCGGCAGCUGGAGCUGGUCGAGGGUCUGGACGUGUCCGCCAUCGUGGGCACGCAGACCGUUGACCCCAGCGUCGGCCGGCCGUUCUACGACGCCGACCUGGUGGGGGUUCCCGUCGGCCCGGAGCCGUCCGAAGCCGAGUGGGAGGCGGUCAUGUCGCACUGGGCCGGCCUGGCCAGCACCCACCGCAUGGCGCUGCUGCGGGUCCAGGUGCGCGCCCACCAGGUGCGCUACCUGCGGCACCGGCUGCACUCGGACCGGGGGGCGGCAGAGACGGCCGAGGGGGCGGCCGAGAGAGCGGGGGAGGCCGGACAGAGUGGCGAGGUGAGAGGCGAGGACAGUGGGCCGACCAAGGCUGUCUCGGCGGCGGGCGACGAGCAGCCGGCGGCGGACGGGCCGACGGAGAAGUCCCCGUCCCCGUCCCCGCCGCCGCCUCCGCCGCCGGCUGAGGACAGUGUGGAGUCGGAUCAGCCAGCUGUGAGUACCGGUGUGGUCGCGGCAGGGGCGGCAGACGCGGGCGGUGCAGAGGCGUCGCCGGGCGGCGUUACUUCCAGUUCGUGA